AUGCUCUGGAACAAAGAUCCUUCAACAGUCGCCAUGACUCUGGCCGACGAAGCCCCCUCCAGAGGCCAUGUCGCCCCCAAAUGGCGCGGCACUCAGGCCGACCAGGCCGAUAUGAGCGCUCUGGGGAGAGACCAGGUCUUGCGGCGUAACUUCCGAUACAUCUCCAUCGUGGGAUUUGGCUGCACGCUGAUCGCCACGUGGGAGGUUGUUUUGACCCUGCUGGCGCAAGGUCUGACCGACGGAGGAACUGCCGGUCUGAUCUGGGGGUUCCUCAUCGUCGCUGCUGGGUUCCUUUUGGUGUUCCUGAGUCUGGCCGAGAUGGCAUCCAUUACCAUUGGGUAUCGGAGCUGGCUGUGUGCCAUGGGCUGGCAAUGCGCUAUCGUGUCAAUCGCCUUUUUGGCUGGAACCAUUAUCCAAGGCCUGAUCGUGCUGAACAACCCGAACUACGACUUCCAGCGGUGGCACGGCACCCUGCUGGUGAUCGCCAUCACCUUGUUUUCAAUCAUAUUCAACACCUUCCUGGCCAAGCGGCUGCCCUUCGUAGAGGUCCUGAUUCUGAUCCUGCAUGUGUGCGGCUUGUUCGCCAUCAUAAUUCCGCUGUGGGUGCUUGCCCCUCGCCGCAGUGCGACGCAGGUAUUUACCGAAUUUAAUAACGGCGGGGCCUGGAACAGCGCCGGGACUGCCACGCUUGUUGGAUUCUCGACCACCAUCACGGCGCUGAUUGGAUAUGAUUGCGCGGUGCACAUGUCGGAGGAGAUCAAAGAUGCGUCUGAGACCCUGCCAAAGGCGAUGAUCACCUCUGUCUGCGUCAACGCCGCCUCCGGUUUCUUGAUGCUGGUGACUGUCUGCUUCACGCUAGGCGACAUUGACGACAUCCUAAAAACUCGAACAGGGUACCCGUUCAUACAGGUGUUCUACAACGCGACGGAGAGUCUACCGGGAACAAACACCAUGACCGCCAUUCUGGUGUUGACGCUGACAGCGAGCACAAUCACCGAAGUAGCAACGGCAUCGCGCCAGUUGUGGUCUUUCGCGCGCGAUCGGGGCCUUCCAUUCUCCGACUUCUUCGGAUAUGUAAACCCCGGCUGGAACAUCCCAUUAAACGCCGUGAUGGUCUCACUGGCAGUGACAGUCCUCUUGUCGCUCAUCAACAUCGGCUCCACGACCGCGCUUCUCGCCAUCGUGACCCUGACAAUCGGCGCAAUGAUGUCCUCGUACAUCAUUACGAUCGCCUGUGUGCUCCUCAAGCGUAUCAGAGGGGAACCUCUCCCGCCACACAGAUGGACGCUCGGCCGUUACGGCAUGGCAAUCAACAUCGGGGCGCUAUGCUUCCUGUUCCCGGUGUUCGUGUUUGCCUUCUUCCCACUCACCUCGACUGUGGAACCAGACAGCAUGAACUGGUGCGCAGUGAUGUACGGGGCAAUUCUGAUCAUUGCGGUGGUGUAUUAUGUGUUGCGGGGACGGCACCAUUACAUUCCGCCCGUGGCGCUGGUGAAGCGAGAGAUGUAA